CUUCCUCGCCUCGCUUCGAUUGCAACACGUCGGGAAAAAUGUCGCGAAUAUGUUGUCUACUACUCCUCCUGAGCCACCAAGCAUUUUCAACUGAACAGAAAAAACGCAGCCUCGUCAACUCCCUCGCCGUGCCAGCCGGCUUUCCCGCCCGCCACUCCGUCACAGAGCUCCACAACCGCGUACCAAUACUAAUACCUCAGCCUAUACCCAUAGGUAUACCACGGCCUGUACCGUACCAUGUAGGCGUUGGUGUACCUGUCGACCAGCCGCGACCGGUACCGGUGGUUGUACCACAUCCAGUAGCCCAUAUCAUCCCGCGACCAAUAGCAGUACCUAUAGAUAGACCGUUUCCGUACCCUGUGGCGCAUCCUGUACCUGUAACGAUCACGCAAGGGGUACGUAUACCGGUUCCGCAGCCGUAUGCGGUUAGUGUGCCGGCGGCAGUACCGGUGCGGGUGCCGCAGCCGGUUCCGGUGGCUUUUAAUAGUUUUAAUCCGGUACAGCAGGUAGUUCAACCGGUAGCACAGGUGGUAGGGAAUGGAGGGGUUGUGGAAGCCCAUGGUCAGUCAAUAGUGCAUCCUUAUUGAUCGAUUGAGUGAUAGUCUCAU